GUGGAGCUGCUGCCCCAUGUCGUGACGCUCGUGGACGAAUACCUGAACCCGUUCUCCUCCCGAAAGAAGGUCGGGCGAGCGUGCAGACUGGGGCUCCCACGGCGCGCACUGGAGUACGCUGCAGCUCGCGACCCGGACUGGAACAACGGCCAGUACAUGGCAGCGGCCGCCGUCAUCCGCGGCUUCGUGCACGUCCUCGAGUGGCUGAACGAGUGCUACCCGGAGCGCACGUCGUGGGGCGACGGUCACGAAGGUUCGAGUCGUUGCGGGCGGUUCCUCAUGGACACAGCAGCUGAACACGGACACCUUCCGGUGAUGCAGUGGCUGCACGCCAACCGUAGUGAAGGCUGCACGUACCGGGCGAUGAACUACGCGGCAGCCAGUGGACGGUUCGAUAUGGUGCGGUGGAUCCACGAGAACCGCAGCGAGCCGUGCAGCACGGAGGCGAUGGACUACGCCGCUGGCAAGGGGCAUCUGGAUGUUGUGCGCUUCCUCCACGAGAACCGGUCGGAAGGGUGCACCAAGCACGCAAUGAGCAGCGCGGCGGCUAAUGGUCACUUGGAGGUGGUU